AUGUCUUUGUUCAAGAAGAAGGCGCCAAAAUAUUCUGCGCCGCCUGUGCCUCCACCACCUGCAGAGGAUGUGCAGUCUCGUCAAUCUAACGGUGUAGAUAAUAACAACGGGGCUCAAAAGUCCCAACUAGUGUUCCACUGUCAACAGGCUCAAGGUAGCCCUUUAGGACUCAUAUCCGGAUUUUCAAACAUUAAAGAACUGUAUGAAAAAAUUGCGGAAUGUUACGACUUCCCACCAGAAGAUAUUUUAUUCUGCACACUAAACACUCACAAAGUUGACAUGAAGAAAUUGCUCGGUGGUCAAAUAGGAUUAGAAGAUUUCAUAUUCGCACACAGAAAAGGUCGGCCGAAGGAAAUAGAGAUAGUAAAAACCGAGGACUCGCUCGGCUUAACGAUUACUGACAAUGGCGCAGGAUAUGCCUUCAUUAAGCGAAUAAAGGAAGGAUCGAUUGUUGCAAGAAUACCCCAUAUAGAGGUUGGCGAUCAUAUUGAACGAUUAAAUGAAGAGAAUAUGGUCGGAAAAAGGCAUUAUGAAGUGGCCAAGUUGUUAAAAGAAAUCCCAAAGGGAACUACAUUUACAAUUAGAUUAGUAGAACCAUUGAAAAAUGGAUUCGGUAGUAUCGGUCCUAAAACGGGCAGCGCUAGAUCUGGAAGAAAACAAAAUUAUGGAUCUGGCAAAGAGACUCUUAGAUUCAAAGCUAAUGGUCAAGCUACGAUAGAGAAUGAGCAUGACGAGAGGUCAAAGGCUGGUAUAGACAAAAUAAAUGCCCUACUAGAAUCAUUCAUGGGAAUAAACGAUACUGAACUAGCAACACAAAUGUGGGAUAUCGCCGACGGUAAAGCAAACUCAAUGCAACUUGCCGAGGCCAUCGAUAACAGCGACUUGCAAGAAUUCGGAUUUACGGAUGAAUUUAUAAUAGAAUUGUGGGGCGUUAUAACUGAUAAGCCGCAGCCGGUUGACCUCUCAGAACUGAAUACAUAUAUUUUUCCGAGUAAGAUGACCAUAACCACCAGCAAAAUGUUUUUAUUAAGGAUUCAAAGUUUUACAUAUCCGAAAGUUACCGGGAUUACAAGGGUACUGACGUGUGCAUCAUACAGCACCAUUGUUAAAAAUAGCAAAAUAUUCAAUGAUAUAAAUGAUGCUGUAAAAGAUAUUAAAGAUGGUUCAAAACUGUUAGUUGGAGGAUUCGGUUUAUGUGGUAUACCAGAAAAUCUUAUAAAAGCAGUAAAUACAAAAUCUGUAUCAGGGCUUACAGUUGUAUCAAAUAAUGCUGGAGUGGAAGACUUUGGACUAGGUAUUUUACUGAAGAAAAAACAAAUUAAAAGAAUGAUUUCAUCAUAUGUUGGUGAAAAUGCAGAAUUUGAGAGACAAUUCUUAAAUGGUGAACUGGAAGUGGAACUAACCCCACAAGGAACUUUAGCUGAAAGAAUAAGGGCUGGCGCUGCUGGAAUACCUGCAUUUUUCACACCAACUGGAUAUGGAACUCUAAUUCAUGAAGGUGGUUCCCCUAUUAAAUACACUAAAGAUGGAAAGAUAGACAUUGCAAGUUCCCCCCGCAAUACACAACAAUUUAACGGCCUUAACUACAUUAUGGAAGAAGCUAUAACUGGUGAUUUCGCGUUAGUUAAAGCCUGGAAAGCCGAUAGACAUGGGAAUUUAAUAUUUAGGAAAAGUGCCCGCAACUUCAAUCCAGCUAUGUGUAAAGCAGCCAGAGUUACUAUAGCCGAGGUCGAAGAAAUUGUUGACGAAAUUGACCCAGAUUUUGUCCAUGUUCCGUCAAUUUACGUCCAUAGAAUUGUAUUAGGCGACAAGUUUGAGAAGCGGAUUGAAAGAAAAACUAUAAGUAAGUCAAAGGAACAGAAAGAGAAGAAAUCAUCGGAUAAUAUGAGAGAGAGGAUUAUAAGACGGGCUGCGUUAGAGUUCAAAGAUGGGAUGCAUGCCAACCUUGGAAUUGGAAUGCCAAUGUUAGCAAGUAACUACAUACCAAAAAAUAUAAACGUUCUAUUGCAAUCUGAAAAUGGUAUUCUUGGACUUGGCCCAUUCCCUACUGAAGACGAAGUGGACGCAGAUCUUAUUAAUGCAGGAAAGGAAACCGUUACGGUACUACCAGGUGCUUCGUAUUUCUCGUCCGAUGAUAGCUUUGCGAUGAUCCGAGGGGGGCAUAUAGAUUUGACUAUAUUGGGAGCUAUGCAAGUGUCUCAAUAUGGCGAUUUAGCUAAUUGGAUGAUCCCUGGUAAAAUGGUAAAAGGGAUGGGUGGUGCAAUGGAUUUAGUAUCCGCACCAAGAACAAAAGUAGUAAUUACUAUGGAGCACGCAGCUAAAAAUGGUGCCCACAAAAUAUUACCAAAGUGUACUCUGCCACUUACUGGAAAGAAUUGUGUGGACAUGAUUAUCACUGAAAAGUGUGUAUUUGAAGUGGACAAAGAAAAAGGACUAACUCUAACUGAAUUGGCUGAUGGUGUUAAAAUUGAAGAUGUAUUAGUUAGUACUGGAUGUGAAUUUGAGGUCUCACCAAAUCUUAAGAAAAUGGGUGAUGUAACUGAAAUAGAUAACAUAAAGGAA